CUCUGCCUGCUCGUCUUCCUCCUCCGCUUUGCUUUAGCGCUAAAGUCCAGCGCUGAAGUCCAGCACAGCCCUCUGCCCAACGCUUCCCUUAUGGAUUAGAAACUGUUGCAAGUUUUUCUCUGCGGUUGUCAUGUGAUGCUUCAACAUGUGGAAUAUGGCUCAGACCUCGGUUGUGAAAACCCGACUGAGGAGAUCCCUCAGCGAGCAUGUGAAGGACUCCACCAACAAGGCUUGGGAUGGUUUCUGGAGGAGUGUGAGGGAGAGGCGGCUGUGGGAGAUUGAAGCCAAGGAGGCCUGUGAUUGGCUGCGAGCCGCCGGCUUCCCUCAGUAUGUUCAGUUAUUUAAAGACUGCAGGUUCCCCAUCGAUACUGAGGCUGCGAAAGAGGAUCACAGCUUCCUGGAUAAAGAUUCUCUCGAUUCACUAUGCAGGCGGCUGAUGACCUUAAAUAAGUGCAUGGAAAUCAAGCUGGAACUUUGGAGAUCCAAACACAGGGGAGAAGUCUGGGAAGAGGAGGACUAUUGCGCCAUCAGCCCAAACUGGACCUAUGACAAGAGAACCCAACAGUGGCGGCGCAUGAACUCCUCCGAGGAGACGCCCGAUGACCAUCAGGAAGUCUGCUCUGUCCUCAGCUCCAGCCUCACAGACAGCGAGCGCCACGACGCUCACAAGGAACUGGUCUCAACGAGCCGGAGCUCCUCCCGCAGCUCCUCUGCCAACAGAACGCCAUCGCUGGACACGUCCUACAGCGGACCUCCAUCCCCCAACGGAGGGUCGUCCACUGUAAGUCUGGAAGCAGAGGUGUGCUUCAGAGAAAAACCACCAAGGAAGAAGUGCACCACUCUGCUGAGGAAGAUGGAGAAGCUGAGGCUGAGGGGGGCAGCAGGCGGCCAUCUUGGGACCCGCCGUGACGUCAGUGGGCCAGUUCUGGUCCGACACAGAGAGAGGAUGUACAGGCAGCUUCGCACGUCAAAUCUGCAGGUCCAGUCCAGCAGCCACUCAUCUUCAUCGCCCUCAUCUUCUCACACCAUAAGCAGCGGAAGCAGCAGCACCAGCCAAUCAGAAAAUAGCAGCACCGUCAGCACGCCCAGCCCCGUCACUCGGGUCAGAGCCAAUUGCAAACGCUCCAACAGCGGAGCUGGGAUGCAAAGUGACCAGAACCAGACGGAUACCGAGGUCUUCAAGAACCAGGUCAACAAUAACAACAGCAGCCAUGAGAGACUGAUCUUCCAGGUGCCCCAUGGACACAAACCAGGGACUUUCCCCACCUCCCUCGCCCACAAACACAUCCUCUCCCCAAUCAUCGACAGCAACUCUGUCAACUGGCGGACUGGCAGUUUCCAUGGUUACAGGGCGCAGAAUGGGAGCAGACAGGGCACAUCGUCUCUAGUUGGUGGAGAGCAAAGUCCAGCGUCUUGGUCAACGUCCUCGGGACGUACCGGCGCGCUGGAUCACCGGCUCAGUGUCUAUGACAACGUGCCUCAUGACGCACAGCUGUCUGAGGGGGAAGGUGGUGGAAGCGGAAGUGAUGCGGAGAGAAUCAGUGAGGAAUCAGAGGUGAGUCCGCUGCUGGCAGAUGAAGAUGUUUUCUCUGCUCUUGACGGCGUUCUGGAGCGAAUCAGUGACCUCCAACAGCUUGUCGUCUCCUGGUCGGAAAACAUCUCGGAGGACGAUUGUCAGAGAGGUUCCUCCUCUUCCUCACAUGACUCACCAGCCCACGGAUCCCCUUGCCCCGCCUCCCCCAGCCACAUCCACCUGGAGGUGCAGCAUCCAGAGGAGGAAGAAGAAGAGGAAGAGGACUGCUCUGAGAAAGGAACUGAUGUGUUGGAGAUGAGUGGAUCACCACAACCCAAGAGGAGGGUGAGCCGGUCCAGGCAGCAGAACCGAGCCUCCCUGACCUCCGGACAGGGUCUGGAGAUCCUGUCCGCCUCCCAGAUCCUUCGGCUCCAGAAGCUGUCUCUGCUCAAACUCACUGCACUGAUGGACAAAUAUUCCCCGUCCAGCAAGCAGGGAUGGAGCUGGACUGUUCCCAAAACUCCGACGAAGACCAAGGCGACAGCAGAGGUGAAAGGUCGGCAGGUGUUCGGAGUUCCUCUGCUCGUCAGUGUCCAGCAGACAGGAGAACCACUUCCUCCCUGCAUCCUCAGAGCACUGGUCUACCUGAGGACCGAGUGUUUGGACCAGUUGGGUCUUUUCCGGAAGCCUGGGGUGAAGUCUCGUAUCCAGUACCUGCGUGAAAUGAUUGAGUCGGAUCCAGAUGGAUUUUCGUUCAAGGGUCAGUCAGCCUUUGACGUUGCCGACAUGGUGAAGCAGUACUUCAGAGACCUACCUGAACCCAUAUUCACCAGCAAACUCUGUGAAACCUUCCUCCACAUUUACCAAUAUUUUCCGAAGGACCAGCAGCUGGUUGCGGCUCAGGCGGCCAUAUUGCUUCUUCCUGAUGAGAACAGGGAGGCUCUGCGGACGCUGCUCUUCUUCCUGCGAGACGUCGCAGCCUGUGUGGACGAGAACCAGAUGACCCCCACCAACGUGGCGGUCUGCCUGGCGCCAUCUCUCUUUCACCUCAACACCAUAAAGAGGGAGUCCAACGCAGCCAGAUCGGGUCACAGGAAGUACAGCCUGGGUCGACCGGACCAGCGCGACCUCAGUGAGAACCUCGCUGCCACUCAGGGACUAUCCGUCAUGAUCACAGAGGCACACAGACUUUUCCAGCUUCCAGAGUUUUGGCCUGGACAGAGUUUAAUAGAGGAUUGGUCUGAAGGAGGCGAUGAGGGUCUGGAGGAGAGAAGAAACCGUCUGCAGCAGAGAACACAGCAGCUGCUGAGCGACGCUCAGGACGAGAGCGGAGGCUGGGAGAACCAUCCGGCCCCGCAGGACGUGGAGCUGGCCUACAAGAAGAUGAGUGACGGCUGCCCGCUGUGGACGUGGCGAGGCUGCGUGGAAGUGGCCGCUCCGCAGCAGGAGCUGCUGCAGCGGCUGCUGCGGGAGCAGCCGCUGUGGGAGGCAAACCUGCGCCGGGCCGCCGUCGUCCGCGCUCUUUCCAAGGACGCCGAGGUGUACCGCUACACGCUGCAGGGCCGGGGCCACGCACUGGGCUCGCAGCCCCCGCAGGAGACCCUGCUGCUCAGAACCUGGCAAGCAGAUCCGUCCUGUGGGCCUGUGUACCUGAACUCCAUGUCGACUGAGGUCCCUGAGGUCCAGGCGGACGGAGUCAGGGUCCAGGUCCACUGCUGCUUUUACCUGCUGGAGCCCACAGGGGCCAUCAGGACCCGACUGACUCACCUCUGUCGCACUGACACCAGGGGACGGUCUCCAGACUGGCACAAGAAGGUCAGUGGACGCCUCCUGGUCUCGGGUUUGAAACUAAAAUAUGAGGCUGUCGCAUUUUCCUCUUCCAUGCAUCCAAGUGCCUCCAGUUUCAGAACAUGGAGUAACAAAGUUCCCCUGAAAUGUUUUGGAGGUUGCUGAAACCACUUCCUGGAGGCAAAGGAAGAAGCAGGGGAAAUACCUCAGCUGCCUGGACAAAGACAGGAAAUGAGGACAAAUAACUGCAGGAAACAGACAUUUAAUCCCCCAGAUGUUUGGCUUCAGGGGAAUCAAACCAACAACCACAACAAACAGCAGAGCUAAGAGACUCAAAAGAAAGAAAAGUGACAGUGUUGCUCACCAGUGAAGAAAAAGACCUGAGUGUUUGGUGUUCCUGGUGUGAAACAAACUAGAACAAGGCAGACUAAUUAUUUAAAAUUUUAUUUGUGAUUAAUGCUAGGAUGGAGAAGGGAAAUAAAAGAAUCACUCUGUGACGUAUUGGCGCGUCUGCGCUGGUGAUUCAGGACUAAAACAAAGAUCCUGGAUCGGGUUUCCCUCCUGGACCUUAACGCUCAGCUAAGGCUACGUUCACAUAGCAGGUGAUGCAACCCAUAUCCAACGUUUUCACCAAAAAAAUCUGAUUUGUGCCAUUUCCAUAACUAUAUCAGACUUGAUCUGCAGUCUGAACGGCCGUGAGUCACAAUUCUGCAUGUAAACAAUGGUUGAAAAUGAAAUUGAUAAACUUAUAGCAAAUCACAAUCCCAGUCAGAAAACUCCAGCCUCUGAUGUCACAUCCAAACAGACGAGGGUUAGUCAAUAAAUUGUUGACUAAAAUGUACAGAUUUUUUUUAAAUGGUACAUUUCUGAAAUAACCCUUAGAGCAGUAAUUAAGCCAAAACUAACCAAAAAAAAUGUUUUGCAUUUAAGAUAAGGAAGAUAAGGAUCUGUAAAUAUGUUUUACCCAGAACUCAAAUGGCCUACAAGCUUCACCUUGUUUAAAUUCUGUAAAAAAUAAAAAAUAAAAAAAACUUCUAUAAAGCACAAUUUGUUAUCUGAUUAUUGACAGGUUAUAGUCAACUGAUCACUGUGAUCUGAUCACUGCUUAUAGUUUUUCUGUAAUCAAAACAAUUUUUUCUGUAUUGACCACAGAAAAAAAUCUGUAGUUAAUAGAGACAUGGGCCUGUGUACCCAUGUCAGGGCCACCAAUGUGUGGGAGCCACCAAUGUCGGCUCCCAUUGGUGAGUAAACUUUAAAAUCAAUCAAUAAAUGAUCUAUCAUUACUUCCAUAAACAGUGUCACAUUCCUGGGUCGCUUUGGGAACGUAAAUCGUUCACCUAGAAGUCUGAUUGACAUUAUAAAAAUCUAAAUGAAGCAUCAAGCCCUGCUGUGUGAACAGAGCCUUAGUUUAAAGGCUCUGUUCUGGAUGUUUGGACCAGACUGGGACGUGUUAUGGUGUCUGGGAGUUGAUGUAUUGAUUAUAGAUUUUUAUGUACAGGCAAAGCUAAAUAUCUCCAAACAUUUUGUUGCUUUUUGUGAACGACGGACAGUUUCUGCGUCUCUUUCUACUUGCCAAGUUGUGCCUGAAGCAUUUUACUCUAUCGCUGAUUAUUUAACUUAAAUCCAGAUGUUUUUGUUUAAACCUCCAGAAAAAUAAGAGGUCUAACUUCAUCAGUGCCAAACCGCUAAUUAAAAUGUUUAUUUCU